AUGACCCUUGGUUCAGGAGGAUCCAGUGUCGUGGUCCCUCGGAAUUUCCGAUUGCUGGAGGAACUUGAACGUGGAGAAAAGGGGAUUGGAGAUGGUACAGUAAGUUAUGGAAUGGACGAUGGAGAUGACCUCUACAUGCGAUCAUGGACUGGCACCAUAAUAGGUCCUCAUAAUUCCGUACAUGAAGGUCGGAUAUAUCAGUUGAAGUUAUUCUGUGACAAAGAUUAUCCAGAUAAGCCACCAAGUGUUCGUUUCCAUUCCCGGAUUAACAUGACUUGCGUCAACCAUGAAACUGGAGUGGUGGAAUCAAAGAAGUUUCCACUUCUAGCAAAUUGGCAACGAGAGUACACAAUGGAAAACAUACUGACACAGCUAAAGAAAGAGAUGGCGGCUCCGCACAACCGAAAGCUGGUUCAGCCUCCGGAAGGGACCUAUUUCUAUCUGGUUCUUGCGUAUGCCUAUCCUGCAUUUGAGUGUUUCAAAGCAGUGGAGAAUAAUGGAGUUGAGGUUCCAGAACUCAAGUUUUGGUGUCAAUACUGGGUUAUUGUUGCACUGCUCACAGUACUUGAGAGAAUUGGUGAUAUCUUCAUCUCUUGGUUGCCAAUGUACGGUGAAAUGAAGUUAGCUCUUUUCAUUUACUUGUGGUAUCCGAAAAUGAAGGGGGCGGGAUAUGUAUACGAGACCUAUUUGCGGCCUUAUGUGUCUAAGCAUGAGAUGGAUAUUGAUUGGGGCUUACUUGAACUUAGGGAAAGAGCAUGGAACUUGGCUAUUUUUCAUUUGCAAAUUGGCUCACAACUAGUUUCAGCAAAGAUUCCCCAAUUUAUACAAUUUGCAACAUCCCAAUCUGCAAGGAUUAAACAGCCUAUCUCUCAGAAUGGCGAAAAUCAACAUUCCUAUGAAACUCCUCAUUCUCCUCCUCGGCCAUCCUCACCUAGUACGCCUUCCCAACUAGUCAAGAGGAACAAGACCGAAAGAGAACAGCCGCCAAUUACACUAUUUGGAACACCAACCUCGCAGCAUGCCCAAGCACCCAAAUCUGGUUCAACCACGAAUGGCUUAGAAGAGAAAUUGGGAGUGGAACACCAUUUACGUAGUGCAUGGCUUAAACUUAGGAGAUUCAAUAUAAGCAACUAG